AUUUUCUUGUGUGCCUCGACUUCAGUGUGUUCUUUUGUGCUUCCACCGAAAAUCUAUUUAAAUUCCUAGACUUUCACCAAAAAAAAAAACAAAACUCUUAACAACCAUGCAUUAAUAUACAAAACAACAAAAUUCAAGACUUACUAAUAUAGAAUAAUUAGUUUAGGUAAAAAGCAAAUAAAUGGGUCAAACAAAAAGCCAAUUCACCGAAGAAGAACUCCAAGAUUAUGAGGAUUUAACGUUUUUCUCUAAGAAGGAAAUCCUAUUGGCUCAUAAGAAAUUCAAAUCCCUGGCUCCUGAGAAAGUCGGACACAAUAAAAAUGCCAAACUAUCGAAAUCCAAGAUCCUAGAAUAUCCCGAGCUGCGAGUGAAUCCGUUCGGCGAUCGAAUUUGUAAAGUCUUCAGUUCGAGUAACGAUGGCGAUUGCACUUUUGAGGACUUUCUGGACAUGAUGUCGGUGUUCAGUGACGGAUGUCCUAAAUCGUUAAAAGCAGAAUAUGCUUUUCGUAUAUUUGACUUCGAUGGCGACGAUAUGCUGGGCUUAUCAGACCUUAAACAAGUCAUUGAACGUUUAACAGGUCCAAAUAAUCUCAAAGAAAGUGAUAUUAAACAUCUUAUACAAAAUGUUCUUGCCGAAGCUGAUUUAGAUGAUGACGGUGCAUUAUCUUAUCCAGAAUUUGAACAUGUCAUUGAUAAAGCCUCCGAUUUUAGCAACUCUUUUCGAAUAAGACUUUAAAAAAAGAACAAAACAAAAACAUGGCACACAUUAAAAUAUUUAAUUAUACUAUUUAUAAAAUUAUAUCAAUACAUAAAUAUUUAUUCAAAUUCUCAUAAUUAAACGUGAAAGCAAAAAACAUAAAUUGUAUAAUACACACACAAAAACUAUAACAAAAAAAAAGUAGUCAGAUUAUAUUAAUUAUAUAUUUAUUUUAUUUUUUUGUUUGUAUUAUUUUAUUUUAUUAAGUUAAACUAUGCGAUCUUGUCACACACAAAUAUUUAUUAUACUAUAUAACUAUUAUACACACACACGUCAUAUAUAUACAAACAAAAUUGUUGUAUUUUACCGUAGAGCGAUAUUAAACAAACAACUUUGUAUUUUAUUUAUUGAAUUCAAAAAUGAAACAAACAAAAAAAAACGAACGAAAAACAAAACACAACAUUUUUAAUAA